GUAGUCUGACCCUUUUAAAUUAAAUAGCAUGCGUUUAUUUUAAAUUCCAUAAAUUUCACAAUAUUACUAUGGAUGAUGACUGUAAAGAUUACAGGAAAAGCAAACCACAACAAAAAAUUUACAAACCUGGCAGUGGGCCUUUAAGACGAUCAAGGCAUGGCUUGGACUGCAAAAUGGAAUCUUAUGAAAUAGAUAAUAGUUUCAAAGGUAAAGAACCUAACCGUUAUGGAUCCCAAAAUUCCGUCAACGGCGAUGAAUUAAGAUGUAGACCGCAAUCAUCUAAUCCUCGAAAUAAAAAACCUGAACAGCAAUUGUACGUGCCAAGAUCCGCCGACUCCUUUGGAGAUGCCGAUAGACAUUCUAAGGGUUUCUUAAGGUGUGAUAAUUCUAGUCAGUACAAUAACAGAAAAAUGUCAAACAAUCAAGAAAACAAGAUAGCCUCAUAUAAUUCUUCUGUACCAUUUCCCAAGACUGCUCUGGGUCGGGAAAAGUCUGUUACAGAUUACUAUCAUAAUGAUCGGACCAGUAAUGAUAUUAAUUCCAACAAACAGAAUAGACAUGGCUCUGAAUCUAGAUCAUCUUCACCUGCACACCAUUUGCAAGAUCAAAAUGCUGUAGAUAGAAAUCGUGAUAGCAGGAGUAUGGAGACAUGGGCUGGUAGACACAAAUCUGGUUCUGGUGGAAAACCACCUUCGGGUCGCAGAAAUUCUGCUGGUUAUCCAACAGAUCUACCUAGGCCUAAACAUAUCAAUUUGGAUAAUAUCCCACCAAGAUUUAGAAAGAAAUUUUUGGAACAAGCUGCACAUCAAAAUUAUGAAAGUGGAGACCAACUACAUAGAGAUGGACAUUCAUCUUCAGCUCAAUCCAUAAACAACCCAAAUCAGUUUUGUACUACAAAUGCAAAUUGGUCCCAAACUUUACCAUCAAGAGGUAGAGGUCGUUUACGGGACAAUGAGCAUUUUGAUAGGGAAAAAUUCCUCAACUCAUAUUUGAAAAAUCAUGAUGUACAUAAUUCUAGAAGAUCCACACCCAGCAGUUCUUAUAUGAAUUUAUAUGAACCAAAUGUAGUUGAUAAUAGUAAUAUUGUUGCUAAAUCAGAAGGAGUAAUUAGCAAGGAAGAAGAUCAGCAUGAAUUUUAUGAUAGUGUAAGUGAAAAUGGUGUUAGUAAAUCAACUAAUGAACAAGAUAAAUCUGAAGAAGUUGAAUCUGGUAAUGAUAAUCAAAAUGACAAUGAAUCUGUCUUCAAAUUAACAAGCCUUACUGAUAUGUCUAAUUUGGAUUGGUCAGAAGAAGUGGAAAAAAACAUAAAGCUAGAUGAUAUGUGUGACACUUCAACAAGUUUUUCACAAAGUGUCAAAAUGUCUGUAACAGAAGAGGUCAAAUUACCUGAACCCAGAGAGUCUAGACGUAGUGGAAGAUCAAGGCGACGAGACAAAAGGAGCUCUAGCAGAGGUCAAAGGAACACUGAAAAGAAGGAAAGAAAUAGGAAGGAUAGUAAUGUUAGCACUCAAAGUAAGCCAGAUUGGAAUAGACGGGAUAGUAAUGUGAGCAUUCAUCAUGACGUAAUACCAUCAAAUCUUAAGCAUAGAGAGAGGGAGAGAAGAGACAGUCACAGAAGUAACCGCUCAUCCACUAUUGGAAACAGUAGGGAUGACCUAGACAAGUGGAGAUCUCUAAGGUCAUACAGUAGGGAACAGAGCACCGAAAGAAGAAUUGUGUCCCAAUGUAAUAGCAGAGAUACUUCAUCUAAUCGAGCUUUGAGUCCAAGAGAUAAUGAUGGUUUCAGAUUACCAAAACCAGUUGCAUCAAUGUCAACAAAUCAGAAGAAUAAUGGUAGCUGGUACAGUGGACGGACAUCAAGUGUAGAGAGAAGAAGGCAGUCUCCAGCGCCCAGUACAGUCAGCAAAGAACCUAUCAGUGAGGGUCACCAAGGUGGGGGCGGUCGUCGGUCCAAGAAGCGGUCGUCUCGUCGCAGAGGCAGGAACAGUGAGAACAUACAGCCUGCAACACAUCAACCUCCGGGCUCAACUCCUGCACCCACCAAUAUUAAUUGGCGCGAAGAAAUAUUGGAGUCGAAGAAACACCACAAUGAUAGACCACACGAUCAUCAAAGAAACAGGUUGAACAGUGUUAUGUCUGACAAAUCUGUAACAGAGACGUCUAGUGGACAGCCGGGCUUAAUUGUUUUACCACAAAGUUCUAUGUCUACAUUACAAAAGGAUGGGCGCUCUGGACCUGUUGAUAAUCAAAAGACUUUGUUUGACCAUCAUAAUCCAUCGAAGCCUAUUAUUGUACAAACUAGUCCUUCCAAAGUUGAUAUCAGAAUGGAACAUGGUAUGAGGGAGUCGAUGUGCCGGGGCGGGCUGGGGGCGGGGCCGGGGCACGAUGUGGGCGGGGCGGGGGCGGGGGCGGGCGAGGCGGCGCGUGCGGCGCGUCACGUGGCGCUGCUGCAGCAGGUGGACCGCGCCGACGCCAUCCUGCGCACACACGCGCUGCGAGGUCCCGCCGCACUCGCCGCACACUGGCACGAUGUCAUCGAAACUAGAAAGUUUUUGCAGAAUGCACUACAGAGUUUGUUAAUGUCGGAUUUAAAAUAUUGUCAGUCUGAUAACAUCGAGCAUCAGUUUUGGAAAAUGUUGUACUACAACUUUCUGGAGGUGUUGAGGAAGAGCAUACCUCAGGUCCCGCCCGAAGUGAAGCCGGAUGUUAUAAAACUGAUCAAUACAAUAAUUGAGGAGGGGAACGUUUUCUUCGAGAAUCUCGUACAAACUUUGGAGAAAACGUACAAGUUCAAUACGGACGAUUAUUUGAACGAUAAUCAUGUUUUGCCGCCGAAGGGUCUCGGUUACGUGGGACUCGCCUUGAUCUCAGUACAAAAGUUAUACGUCUUUUUGGGAGACUUAGCUAGAUAUAAGGAACAAGUUAAUGAAACUAAUAAUUUCGCUAAGAGUAAAUUUUGGUACACGAAAGCUCAACAGAUAAAUCCUAAAAAUGGAAGGCCAUAUAAUCAAUUAGCAUUAUUAGCUAUAUACGCUAGGAGAAAAUUAGACGCUGUCUAUUAUUACAUGAGAAGUUUAAUGUCCUCGAAUCCUUUUCAAUCGGCUCGUGAAAGUUUAUUAUCAUUAUUCGAUGAAAACAGAAAAAAGUACGAGGCAGCGGAGAAGAAGCGUCGCGCAGCGGAGGUUGUGAAGGCGACAGAGAGUGUGGACCUGGGCAGUGCGGUGUGUGAGGGCGGCCGACGUGAGGUCUGGCUGCGACCUUCACCAGCAACCCGCCACGACGAGACCUUCGACCACAUGACACCUGUCGAAUUAAAUAAAAACUUCAUCACCAGUUAUUUACAUGUUCAUGGAAAAUUAAUAACCAAAAUUGGUAUGGAGACGCUGCACGAGAGCGCGCGACGAAUGCUGCGCCAGUUCCGAGCGCUGCUGCACCGACAGCCGCUGCCCACGCCCGCAGCGCGCCUGCUGCAGCUCACCGCACUCAACAUGUUCGCUGUAGAGACCAACGCCGCAGCGCAACCAGAGUCAGGUGACUUGAACGGUCGGUCGGCGUGGCUGGAGUGCGCGUUGAGCGUGUCCCUGCUGAUGUUCGGCGCGCUGCUCGAGCGAUGCUGUGCGCUGUUGCCUGAACCACCCAACUCACAGCAGCACGCUGAUGCCUUUCUGCUGUUGCCUGCUAUAAAGGUGUGGUCUGAUUGGAUGCUAUGUCAUAGCAGUAUAUGGAAUCCACCACCUUCAUUUGACAAUUUCGAAAUUGAAAGCGAAAAUGAGCCUUGGGAUUGGCUCGCGAAGCUGAUGAACAUUCUCGAAACACUUGAUGAUAAGUCUAUAGAUUUGGAAAGCGAAAGGAAAGAGGGGUACGUGGCGGUGCGGCUGGCGGAGGACGCGUCACUGGCGGGGUUCACUCCGCUCAUGUACAUGGAGCCGGCGGUGGCGUGGCUGCCGGCCGCGCACGCCGCGCAUCACGCCGCGGAGCACGCGCUGCGCACCAGGAAACUACUCUUCUUUGGCACCGAGUACUUGGUGGGCGUGGAGCCCCCGGUGCUGAGGCUGGAGUACCCUGCGGGGGAGUCACCACGAUACGUGAGCGCGGUGCAGCGGACGAAACCAAACUAUCCACCUUUGCAGAACUUGGCGGAGGACUCUGACGAGGGUGAGAGCGUUUGCGGUGCGGCGGGUGGGCCGGCCGGGGGUGCUGUGGGCGCGGAAGGCGCGGGCGAGGUGCCCGAGGGCGCGGACGAGGCCACAAGGAGGCUGCUAAGACGUAAAGAGCAGCUCGAGUCCCGCAAGGCGACGCUCGAACGAAGACGACAACGAAUGCAGGAGAUGGUGGGUAGCGGUGCGGAGGUGCGCGUGCGGCCGCGCUGGCUGGUGCCCGACACCAACUGCUUCAUCGACCACCUGCCGCUGCUGCAGCUGGUGGCCGCGCCGCCCAGCCCCUACACCCUCGCCGUGCCGCUUGUCGUGGUGGGCGAGCUGGAAGGUCUGCGGAAGUGUGUGCGUGUGGGUGAAGCGGCGCAGACAGCGCGCAGCUGGCUGGCGGAGGGUCGCGGAGUGCGGCUGGCGACUGCGCGCGGCUCGCUGCUUGCCUCGCGCGCAUUCACCGCAGAGCGCGACCUCCCGCGAGCCUCCAACGAUGACCGCGUGCUCGCCACCGCGCUCAACCUGCACGCCAACAUUGAAGCUAGCGCUGACAACAGUACACAGGAGGUGGUGCGCGAGGUGGUGCUGCUGACGGAUGACCGCAACCUGCGUGUGAAGGCGCUGGCCGCGGACCUGCCCGCCCGAGACCUGCCCUCCUUCGUAGCGUGGGCGGGCCUCGACACUGCCGGCAGCACCGAGACCACUGUCAGCUAUUAA